AUGGCCACCAACGGCUCCCAGGAGUCGUUUGCGCCGUCAGACGUCCUGGCUGCCGUCAUGACGAUGCGCACAGGGGAGCAGGACAACAAGACCAAGGCCCAUCACUACCUGGAGCGGUUCCAGAAAUCGUUGACCUACGACCUCUCGACCCAAGUCCCGCCAAGCGAGCUUCCCGCCCUCCGAAACCAGAUUCUCCUCCUGCUCAAGCACUUCGCCGCUGGGCCCAAGCCCAUAAGAGUGCAGCUCUGUGUAUGCUUGGCGAUCCUGGCGAUUCAGAUGAAGGAUUGGCACGAUGUGCUCCCGUCCGUGGUCCAGUCGCUCAGUGACAGCCCCGAAAGCCACGCAUGCAUCCUCGACUUCUUGCGAGUCCUCCCCGAGGAGGUGACCGAAGGUCGCAAAAUCACCCUUUCUGAAGAAGAUCUUGCGGCGCGAACACAGGCCCUUUUGGGAGACAACACGGAUCAGGUCGUUCAACUCCUCAUCAACUACGCUCAAUCAUCUCCUGCUGCCCGCCGCAACCCGCAGCUCAUGGAGUGCAUCACCUCGUGGCUGCGAGAGGUUCCUGUCGCCAACAUUGUUAACUCCCCUCUUCUCGACGUCAUCUUCGAGGGUGUGACGAGCGACGAAUGCAGCCAAGAGGCGUCGGAGUGCCUCUGCGUCAUGCUCAGGGAAGCCAGCGACGUCGAUGAGAGUCAAGCCGUGGUUCACGCACUCUUCCCGCGGGUCAUCGGUCUGAGGCCCAACAUUCAAAAGGUGGUCGAAGAAGAGGACAUGGAGCGGCUCAAGUCCUUGACAAAGGUGUUUGCAACCUCUGCUGAGAGCUGGGUUGUGGCCAUUGCCCGUGAGCCGAUUCAUUUCCGCCCAUUGGUGGAUGCCGUUCUUGAAUGUGCCGCUCGGGACACGGAACGUGACGUGAUUGAACACACGUUUGGUUUCUGGUACGAGCUCAAGCAGUAUCUCGUCCUGGAGCGCUACAUCGAAGGUCGCAUGCAGAUGGUGGACGUCUACUCGAAGCUCGUCGAUAUCCUCCUGAAGCACCUCGAGUACCCUACGCCGGAGUCGGCCAACGAGUCGGAUCUGUUUGACGGAGAUCGUGAGCAGGAAGAAAAGUUCAGGGAGUUCCGUCAUCAAAUGGGAGACACGCUCAAGGAUGCGUGCGACGUCAUGGGCGUGACGCAGUGCCUUACGAAGGUGCUCGACGCCAUCCAAGUCUGGACUCAAAAGUACGCGAGCCAGGUAUCGGGCGCGCACGUGCCUCACUGGCAGCAGCUGGAGGCGCCUCUGUUUGCGAUGCGUGCCCUGGGCCGCAUGGUCGACAAGGAGGAAAACAUCGUUCUCCCGCAGCUGAUGCCGCUUCUCGUUCAGAUUCCCAGCCACGAGAAGCUGCGCUUCGCCACCAUCAUGGUCCUCGGAAGGUACACGGAGUGGACCGCCGCACACCCCGAGUACUUGGAGCCCCAGUUCAACUACAUCGUCACGUCGUUCCAGUCGGAUUCUAGGGAAAUCAUGCGCGCCGCGGCGCUGUCGAUCAAGUUCUUCUGCACCGACUGCAAGCACCUCCUCAGCGGCCAGGUGCUGCAGCUCCAGACCUUUUACGACCAAAUCCUGGAUAAGCUCCCAGACUUGAGCAAGGAGGAGAUCACGGAAGGCGUCGCAAACGUGGUUGCGGUGCAGCCCGCGGCGGAGACAUACCGCCUGCUCAAGCUGUACUGUGACCCGCUGGUGCAGAGGCUGAUGAACAAGGCCAACAGCGCCACCGACGAAGACAGCAAGCUGGCGCUGGCUGACCACCUGCAGCUCAUCACCAUCUUUGUGCAGAAUGUGAUGCCUUUUGUGGGCCCUGGCGAGGAGAACCCUGCGGUCAAGUACUGGCAGGAGGUGUUCCCGAUUCUGUCGACGGUGCUGGACAAUUUCCUGGACUUUAGUCCCAUCUGCGAGCGGAUCUGUCGGUGCUGGCGGAACAUGGUCAUUUCGUACCGCACGGCCAUGGCCCCGCUGCUGCCCGAAAUGGCCAACAAGCUGGCCAGCAGCUUCAACGUGGCGCGAGAGGGCUGCUUCUUGUGGGUAACGUCGGCCAUCCUGCGCGAGUUCUCCGAGGACCGCGAGCACGUGGACCAGGCGACGACGGACAAUAUCUACACCUUCUUCGAGGCGCAGACGACUGCGUUCCUGCGGGUCAUGACGGAGCUCCAGCCCAAGGACUUGCCCGACGUCAUCGACGACUUCUUCCGGCUGCUCAUCGACGCCCUCCUCUACUAUCCGCAGAAGCUCGUCCCCUCCCACCUCUUGGUGCCCAUUUUUGAGGCAUCCAUCUACGCCCUGACGCUCGAGCAGCGCGACCCUCUGUCGUCGACGCUGCACUUUUUGCGAGACUUGUUGUCGUAUGGCGGCAACAACCCGGCGAGCAGCGAGGGCCUGCCGGAGCAGGCUGCGGCCGAGAUCCGCGGCAUUGUCAAGAACUUGCUGCUGAGCCACGGCCCCAACUUGAUCAAGCAGGUCAUGGCUGGUAUGAUGAUUACAUUCCCUCGGGACUGUUUCGCGGACGGCAGCGGUGUCCUUCUUGCCAUGUUCGAGCUGCUCCCGGGACAGACGACUGAGUGGGUAGCGCAAACCAUCCAGCUCCUCCCAGAAGGAACGGUGUCGCCUCAGGAAGCCGAACGGCUGGUGACCAAGAUCAAGGACCGACUGCAGUCGGGCGACGCGGGUGGCCUCCGACAUGUACGCGUGCUGCUCCAAGACUUCACCAAUACGUACCGACGUCGGAACGUGGCGCCCCGCGAUGGCCUUGGGCAGCUGGAGGCGACGCGAUUUCAGUUUUCAGGUUGA